AAAUGGCCGGUAUAGAAUUGCCCGUCUCCCCUCCCUUUCCCUCAUAAAUAUGUCAAAACUUUUCAUAUUUAUUAUUGAGGGAAAAGGUUCACCAACAGCCUUGUAAACGUGCCGCACUUUUUUGGAGUGGAAAAAGCGAGGAGUCACACAGGCUUUACACCUCAUAUCACCGCAGCGAUGACAGACUUUCUAAACCGUGCUGUGUGUCAUCUAGAUUAGAGCUAUGAUUAAAAUAUAGACCGCACCACCCUUCUGAAAACAAGGCAGGUAUUCUCUCAGAAGAAACGACACUCGAUAAAAGAUGAUGGCAAAUCUGUCAUCUGCAUUUAUGACUCCGUUCACCUGUUUUUCUGGCUCUUACAUUAGAAAAUUUAUAGGCUAUUAGAUGUGUAAUAUAAUAUCUGCAAUCCUGUCAUGGUCUGCUCUUUAUCUGGCAAUAUCCAAAUGUUUGGGAUUCCAGCAGCAGGUGGAGAAACAAUGACAUCCAGUGAGAGUGAAAGUGAGGGAGACGCAAGGACAUACACAUGUCACGGACAGCGCACCGAGAUGUGACUGGCGUCGGCUUGUAAAAAACCAAAAACCUUAUCAUGUUUGCUGAAAGUGUUGAGUAAUAUUUGUCAGGAAAUGGGACGAUCUAAUUUUAAAAAGUGCACAAAAAGGGACACCACCCCACCAACAGCAUGCACUCCCUUUUCAAAUGCUGUAAGCAGAAAAAGGAGUAAUAUUAACUUGUUGUGAAAGUUGGUCUAACAGGCAUGGGAAGCUAUGCCUAUUGCCUGUCAUCUCUGGGCUCAACUGUUCAUUCUUUUCAGUUAAAUUAAAAGUGAGAUGCAAAGUAUUUUUUUGCUUAUUUAUUUGUUCUGCUAAACUACGAAAGCAGUGCAUAUUAAUCUUUUAGAGAUGCUCGACGUCCGCCUUUGUCUGCUGUGUUCUUUCACCGAUCUCCACAGAGGGAACCCAGAUAUCAAAUUCUUAUAGCUUCAGCUAUUCGGCCAGACAAUGGAGUCUUUAUGAUGGUUUGUGCACCUGAACCAAUCAUAAUCUGCCUAUCAGCUAGCUGACCCGCCUGUAUGAGGCCAACACUCUGACAGUAAGCCUUGACCCCCCCCUCCACGUAGGAUCAUAUGACCUGAUCUCGUGCACCUGGAUGGACUGUAUUUGAAAACUCAAUGCAAAACAUUUAUCCGCAACAGAAUAAAGCAGAAAAUAGUACAAAUUGCAUGUGCGGACCAAUGGCACUGUCAUCCUAUGUCACACAUUGUGAGUCUAUGAGUUGCAACACUGUUAAGCUGUAUAUUAGAUCAAAAUUUGAAUUAUUUGUAUUAUUUUAUUUAGAGAGGAAUAUCUGUGCGUCUUUACUGUUUGCAUCUUCCUAAUUAAAUUCUUUCAGCACUCUGAUUUUGCAGGGAUUUAUACAGAGAUUUAUGUUCUCUGGGAUUUACAGUGAACACCCCCCCUGCCACUGACUUUUUCUUGUUGAUUUGAAAAUUAAUCUCAGCUUCCAUUAUAUGCUCUGAUCUUAGAUGGACCCGCAGAAACUAGUGUCAUGUAAGUCUCAGAAUGACUGCAUAUUCGCUGAUUGUCAGAGAGUGGUCUCGAGCAAACUGAUUCCCAUGAUACAACCUGGUUUCACAGCAGUUUGGUGUGUUUCCAAAGCGGUUCACACCCGGCCCUGAAAGAAAAGCUUUCUAAAUAGUCAGUGCACUGCAGACAAAGGAUCACCAUUUUAAGGACACUUUACUGCUUUCCAUUACAGAUGCACAAAAAUGAAAAUGGUUUCAGAAUGAGUUUGAUGCCGUUGUAUAUGAGGUGAAACACUGACGCUCAAAGCAACUGAAAUCCCGUUUGAAAACCAUAUAAAGUAAGUCUUUCACUUGGGUGCACAGGUCCUGAUGUAGAGCAACGUUAAAGAAGCAUUUGAAAUGGAGGUUUCUUUAUUUAUCGUGUUCCACUGAGUGGAAAUACUGAAGCGAAAACAUGUAGUGUGACUUCUCCAAAAAGGAAAUUCAAAUUUUUUUUCUUUGGGUGGGUGUGUGUGUGAGUGCAUUUCUUCACCUGCAAAAAGUCAAACUGAGUUUUCUAAGUAUAGAGACAUUAACAAAAAGGAAGGGAGGGUUAGACACACACACACACACACACACACACACGCAUGCACGCACGCACACACACACACACACACACACACACACACACACACACACACACACACACACACACACACACGUCUGUGUGCGCACUGCUUUAAAAUGGACAAUCAACUCCUCUGACCGCAGUACUAUAAACAAGAGUGGCUGUCUGUGAAGACGAACAGAGAAGAGAGGAAGGGAGCAGCUACUCACAUCUGGUUUGAAAAGGAGGAAGCAAGGAUGAGCUUUCUCGGUAAUCAAGUCCAAAUUAAGAAAAGAGAGAAGAGGAAACAUGUGUGUGGUUACUGAAGGGGUCUGUGCGUGCAUGUGUGUUUGUGUGUGUUUAUAAUGUGCCUGCAUGCACUGUGUAUUUGUGCAUGUGCACAACUGCAGGGGUGUGUGUGUGUGUCUGUGUGUGUUGGUCUGAGUGUUUGUGGUUUCAUCAUCUGCAGUGACUGUGGCAGGGUAUGCAUGCUGUAGAUACAAAUAAUAGCUUAAGAGUUGAGAGGGUGUGAUAUUUGUGCUUGUAUCGAACUGCGGAGAAGCUUGUCAUUGAUUUUGUUCACUGUCUGCACAAAUAUCUGAAGGCAGUUACAAAAUAAUAGAGGUAAAGCUGUUGAGAGGAGCUUAAUCUCACUUUUAAUUUACUUUCACAUUUACAAUAAAGAUUAAACUGGGUACAUCAGAUGCUGCUCUGGCAUUAUAACCAGCAUGUGUCAUUUCUAAGCAGGACAAAAGCACAAGCUCCAGUUUUUACACAUGCAGUUAGAGUAUGCAAAAGUAUGCGUGAUUGUGUGUGUUUACAUGUGCUGCGGCAUCAGAUAACCAUGAUUUGCCUAACUGUUGGCUUCAAGUCACAAAGCGGGCUUGUAGGAUAACACCCACUACCCAAAGAGCAUGCAAAUGCCAGCAGUGCAUGGACAGUGUGCAUGCCUGUAUAAGAUGGAGAGAGGAAACCAAGUGGGAGUAAGAGGAAGAUCAAGAGAGCACCAAUUUGUCUCUGGAAAAGUAAAAAUUAAAAGAGUGGAGAGGCAAAUGGAAAGAUGUCAGCCAAUUAAAGUCUAUGUCAAGAGUGUGUGGGACCAAAGUUCUGUUAUACUUAGUAAGGCAUGUAGCGGCUCUUUUAGAUGCAUCUGUUAUCAUAUUUCAGGACCAUAUCAGCUAUAAAGAUAAAUAUAAAAAAAGAUUUUACACCUUGGAGGUAAUACAAUAAAUAUGAGAUCAGUUGGAAGUCUCAGAUAGGAAAAUGAGUCAAUAAUGAUGAGUUUUCUCGAGUGAUGUCAGUAUAUGCAGUUUUGGGUAGGACAAGGGAUUUACCAGACGUAAGUUCUUUCACCUCAUGGCUGUCGGAGAACGACGGAGGAGCUAGAGAAUGACUUAAGCUGCUUACAAUGUAGCAACACAGAAGCAUAUAAUUCUUAUUGUGCUUCCUUUUUUUACCAUUGUUUAUGAAGGCCAUAAGAUAAUCAAGGCCUAAAAUGGUGGUUUCUCUCUGUAUGGAAACAAUGGCAGUGGCAGUGAAAUGGUUCAGCAAUAAAAACAACAAAAAAAAUCUGCUUUAAAAAAAGUAGUGGCUUCAUGUAAUUACUGCAGUAUCAGUAUAUACAUCCUACCUGGCAUAGCUUCUGGUUCUGUAGGGCAGCCACAGGUGCUCUGUCCUUGACCACUUAGACGAAAACUUGGGUGUAAGAAAUGGAAAAUGGGACAUCUGAUGAUGUGGAGGCAUUGUGGGAGAAGGUGGAGAGCCAACGCUACAACCUGUGUACUACGAUCACCCCGUCAAAGCUCACGCCCUACCUUCGUCAGUGCAAAGUCCUGGAUGAACUGGAUGAGGAUGAGAUUCUCAACUCACUAGUGCUUGCCACAAAAACAAACCGCACAAGCCGUCUACUUGACAUCCUCCACACUAAAGGCGAGCGGGGGUACGUGGCCUUCCUGGAGAGUCUGGAAUUUUACUACCCUGACCUGUACAAGCUGGUCACGGGGAAGGAACCCACACGACGCUUCUCCACCAUUGUCGUGGAAGAGGGUCACGAGGGUCUGACGCAGUUUCUGAUGAAUGAAGUCACGAAGCUGCAGCAGCAGUCCAAAGUCAAGACCCUGCAGCACGCUGAGCUCAACAAGAAGUUCGUCACUCUGGAAGAUGAAAAAAGGAAGUUAAAGCUGGCCAAUCAGGAGCUUCAGGCCUUCCAGCAGAGGUACAAUAAGCUGAGAGAGGAGAGAAACACCUACAGUGAUGAGCUCCUGAGAGUAAAGGAUGAAAACUACAAGCUGGCCAUGAGGUACGCCACGCUGAGUGAGGAGAAGAACAUGGCUGUGAUGAGAAGCCGAGACUUGCAGCUGGAGAUUGACCAACUGAAGCACAAGUUGAACAAGGUGGAGGAAGAGUGUAAGAUGGAGAGGAGACAGAGUCUGAAGCUGAAGAACGACAUCGAGAAUCGGCCAAAGAGAGAGCAGAUCUUUGAGCUGGAAAGAGAGAACGAGAUGCUCAAGAUCAAACUGCAGGAGCUACAGUCCAUCAUACAGCCCGGCCCUUUACCUGAGUCAGACAAGGCCAUCCUUGACAUUUUGGAGCAUGACAGACAGGAAGCACUAGAAGACAGACAGGAUCUGGUCAACCGCCUCUACAACCUGCAUGAAGAAAUCAGACAGGCAGAGGAACUACGAGAUAAGUACCUGGAAGAAAAGGAGGACCUGGAGCUGAAGUGCUCCACACUGCAGAAGGAUUGCGAGAUGUAUCGCAACCGCAUAGACACCAUCGCUGUACAGCUAGACGAGGUGGAGAAGGAGAGAGACCAGGCGUUUCGAGCCAGAGACGAGGCCCAGCACCAGUUCUCCCAGUGUCUCAUUGACAAGGACAAGUAUCGCAAGCAGAUCAGAGAGCUGGAGGAGAGGAGCGAUGAACUCCACCUGGAGAUUGUACGCAAAGACGCUAAGCUGGUCACUCUGGAGUCUCGCCUGCGACGAAUGUCCAAAGACAUCAACCUAGACCAGAGUCUACCAAGGGAUUUACCUCCGUCCAUCAUUUCUCAGGGAGAUGAUAGUAAACUGGCACAGGGACAGUCUGAAUGCUCCAGCGACGAGUCGCCUGACGACAAGUUCUUCUCCGAGGAGCCCCGACUCAGACGCAGACUCAACCUCAAAGCGGGGAAUAGAGUAAAGUCUCCAGUCUCUUUACUGAAAGACUUUCCAAUCAACUCAGAGAACAGUCACCCUGCAGCUUCGGCUCCUACCAACGGAGGCAACUUUCUGGAGAUCAACGUGCCGAAUUAUGGCAACAGCAGCUCUCUCCCUCCCUCACCCAGCAUCCCUAUUUCCCCCACAUAUCCGCCCUCGUCGGCUCCCCCGCUCACCUUCUCUUCGUCCGCCUCCCAGCUCAUGUUCAGCCCGGUGGAUUCACCCAGCAACAGGCAAAUGCUGCGUUGCCGUAACGACAGCAUCCUGUCCACUCUUCCUGAACCCCCUGAGAAAGCGUCCCUUUACCGCCGAGAGAGGGAGAAGGAGCACGACUUCUACCCCCGCAGCAUCUCUGACUUUGACAGUGACAACAUGGAAAUGGAGCUUGAGGAUGAGCGUGGUCCUCCCUCUGUGCACUCAUCUUCCUCUUCCCAUCAGUCUGAAGGAAUGGACACUUAUGACCUGGAGCAGGUCAACAACAUCUUCAGGAAACUCUCUUUGGAGAGGCCGUUCCGCCCGUCUCUUUCCUCCUUCUCCAGACUCAGCGGGUCCCUGAAGCCGGUGCAGGAGCUGUCGCUGCAAGGCGACAACCUGCUGAAGGACAUCAGGCUGAUCGGUGGCAACGACAGCGGGAUCUUCAUCUCGUAUGUCCAGUCUGGGUCCAACGCAGAGAAGGCGGGGCUACGAGAGGGCCACCACCUCAUGUUUCUUGAGGGGUGCAUACGUGGGGAAAACCAGAGCAUUUCAUUGGAGACGAGCACUCAGGAAGAAGCCCACUGGACUCUGCAGCACUGCUCUGGGCCCAUCACCCUGCACUAUCGAGCCAGCCACGACUCUUAUCGCCGUCUCCAGAGCAAUCUAGCAGAUGGCACUUUAGCAUCCGGCGACUCAUUCUACAUACGUGUCAACCUCAACAUCUCCGGACAGUCGGACAGCUGCUCUUUGUCCGUGCGCUGCGAUGAGGUGGUGCACGUGCUGGACACCAGGCACCAGGGCCGCUGUGAGUGGCAGUGCGCCCGUGUGGACCCCUACAGCGGCUCUGACCUGGCUGAGCGAGGCACUAUACCCAGUUACUCACGAGCCCAGCAGCUGCUCCUGGUAAAGAUUCAGAAGUUAGUGUAUCGAGGGGGGAAAGAAGAGAAUGAAAUUCAACGGAACAACAGGAAUAAUUUACAACCAGAAGAAACCAGCCACUCUCCUGAUCCCAGAGCCAGCCCGCGCUUGUCUAGAGCGAGCAUCUUCCUCACUCAAAUACUGCAGUUUGUGAGCAGGGUGGACAUCAAGUACAAGCGAAUGAACAGCAAUGAGCGUGUGAGGAUCAUCAACUCAGGCAGCACAACACUACCCAGGCAAGGCUUUGAGGUGCUUCGACCCGAAGAUGCCGCUGACGGAGAUGGUGAGCUGAGCAGGAGCUUGAGCCUGAUUCCCUACAGUCCCGUCACCCUCCAGCGGACCCAGAGAAGAAGACCCGUCCUAUUCACGCCCGCUGCUCUCGCCAAAACCAUUAUCCAGAAAAUACUUAACAUGGGGGGAGCCAUGGACUUUAAUAUCUGCAAACCAGACAGCUUGACCAAGGAGGAGUUUCAUCUAAAACAGAACGUGGAGCCCUUCAUUCACUACAAAGAGAAACAAGCCACUUUUGAAUGCAUCACCAGAGAAAACAUAGAGGCUGUCGCUGCAAAAGGCAAACACUGCCUGCUGGAGGCUGAGCUGAGCUGCGUCAAGGACCUUCUGCGGAGAGAAAUCUACCCAAUCAUCAUCUACGUCAAGAUCUGUGACAAAAAUGUCAAGAAAUUAAGGAAGUUGCCUCUGCGCGUGGAGUCAGAGGAAGACUUUGUGAAGCUGUGUCGCGCAAAAGAGAAGGAGCUGGAGGGCAUCCCAUGUCUGUAUGCCACCCUGGAGCCGGAGGCCUGGGCAGGGACGGAGGACCUCAUCAGGGUGAUCAAAGACCGAAUACUGGACGAGCAGAAGAAAACCAUCUGGGUGGAGCAGGACCUGCUGUAGGCAAACACAGAUACACGCAAUAGCCUGUACAUGUGCCGUUAAACACAGUAAAACACAAAAAGCCUUCUAUAUCAUGCUUUUCUGCGUUUAUAUUUAUGGUGAAACUCAAAAAUGUAAGUGUGGAAAUUGUUAAAUAAAUAAAUGCAUUAUAUAUUUUGUAAAUAUGUCUUUUAUUUAGAAAAAUAAACAGUUUGAAAACAUGAAAAAGAAUCCUUUCUUUG